AUGAACAAGGCACGAGCAAUGCUGGAUGCCCUCAUGGGCCCACAGCGGGAUCAGAAGAAAGACGAAAAUGCCGAAGACUGGAAGGACAAGAGCAUUUGCAAAGGAUAUCUCAUUGGCUUUUGUCCCUUCGACAAGUCCGUUGUGGGCGGCAAGCGGGGCAUCGAUCCUUGCGACAAGAUCCACUCGGAGGUGAUCCGAGAAAAGUUCUUAGCCACUAAAGAUGGCAAAGAGGGCAGCGAUCUAAGAAUCAAGUACGAGGAGUACUCGAUUCGCGACUUGGAGUUUUGUGUCCAGGAGGCCGAGGCAUACGGCCGAAGAGAGGUAGAACGCUUGCGGAAGGAACCCAGGUCCAAGGCGCUGCCUGCCGAUGUGAACCAGAAGAUUUCGCAGAUGAAGCGGGAAAGCACCAACUUGGCGCAGAAGGCCAACGCUUUGGAAGACUGCGAGGCUCGCAAGAAGGAAGAGCUGACGAAGCAGUCUGACGAUCUCUUGGAGGAGGCGAAAAAGUAUGAGAAGGAGGAGGAAGAGAAGGUGAAAGCUAAUUUUCGGCCGUUGGCGUGUGAGGUUUGUGGAACUGCAUACAUCAGCAACAACGAGGGCGAAUAUGAAGCGCACCUGAGGUACAAGAUACACAACAGUUACGCGGAGAUCCGCGCCCGGCUCAAAGAGCUCAAAGACAAGAAAGCCGAGCGCGACAGAAUUCUCAAGGAGAAGAAGGAAGAGGAGCGCAAAAAGAAGAACGAGGAAUACAUGAAGAAGGUUGCAGAAGAGGAGAAAGCAGAGCAAGAGGCUGGUGGCGACGGCGAAGGCAGCAACAGAGCAAAGUCCAAGAGCAAACAAAAGGACGAGUCUCAAAAGGAGAACGGUUACAAGAAGAAAAGGAGGGGUAGCCGAAGCAAAGAUCGAGGAAGAGGCAAGUCAAGAAAGGAUCGAGACAGGGAUCGCCGCGGCAGAGGAAGAAAGGAGCGUCGAGACCGAAGCAGCAGCCGCUCCCGCAGCCGGAGUCGACGCCGACGCUGA